AUGCGAGGUGCCGGUAACCAAGGUUUUGUCAAAUCCGUUAAUGAUGCCAACCUGAUGUUUGAGUUUUUGCUGAAUGGGCUGGUGAUCGACCACGAUAACAAUGUUGCUCUGCGUGAUGAAGAAAUGGCUUCAAUGAGACAGGGGCGAGCGUUCCUUGCCCUAAUAAAUGACAACAUACCGAAGACCGCGCCUGCCAUGGAGGACCUGCUGGUAACUCUGGAAGACCACGAGAACUCUCUUCCUCAACACCGGUUUGAGAGGCUUAUCCUGGGAACUGCUUACUCAGCUUACCAGGUUCAGCAUCAGAAUUUGGAAAGUGAAAAGAAAGUCUGGGGAAACAUUCUGGGCAGGUUGGCUAAUGCUACUUUCGUUCAGCUACGCAAAUCUUCAUAACACUUUGGAGAAAGCAAUGAGGGCAUUCAUUUUCUGUUGCUACGUGCCGAU